AUGAUAUUCGGAUAUAAUUAUUAAUAAAAUAAAGAUUUAAAUAUGCUGAGGUUAGUGAGUAAGAAGUCAUUCUCCUCUACAUUUAAUGUGUUGGAUACAUUCAAGACUCUAAAAAGUGUGAUUACAGCCCCAAUCAGGCAUAUAAAGUCAUAUGUACGAUAAGAUGGUGUGCACAGUUCAAUGACACCAAAUUUGACUUAUCAGGCAUUUGAUGAAGUGCUUCAUGAAUAUUAUGCUGCCUAUUCUGGAAAUCCUUUCCAUUUACAAGUUUACAAUAACUUAGAUAAUAUCUAAACAGUCAACUUUGGUACAGUAGACAACCCCUGCGUGAUUUUCACCGCUGAUACUCCCUUCAGAUAUGUUGGAUGCACUGGUUUGCAGAAUGAAGAUGAUUAUGAACAACACGAAAUCCAUCUCUUUAUGCUUAGAGAAGGUCCAUUAUAGAGAUGCCCAAUGUGCGGUCAAGUUUUCAAACUAGUCAGACUCAGAUAAUAAGAAGAUGAGGAAAUGUCCUACUAUAGAGAUUCAUUCCAUCCUAUUGAUAUCUUUGAAUUGGAUAAUGAAAAUAUUUAAUCCAUUAAUAUUGCUUCCCUGUUUGAAAGUGCAUUGUAUGAAUAAAACAUCAUGGUAACAAUGGAUAACGAUGUACACGAUAGAUUACUAGUUGAUCCAGCCUAUAGAAUGUGGAGAUUUUAGCACGGUGAAGAUAAAUUAAAAUACAUCGAUUAAUAAUUGAAAUAAGCAGGCUACAAUGAAGAAAGAAUCUACAGAAAUCCAAAAUACAAAUUACCUAUGUAAAAGGCUACAUAUGCUGCUGUCAUUGAAGCAGAGAAAGUGUUGGCUAUCUAAGAGAGAUUAGAAAGAAAAGUGAACAGAUUCCAUGUUAGAGAAUAUCUUGAUUUUGCUAAUCAUGCCAGAAGAGAAAGAAGAAUGAGAUUAAGAUAAAAGGAAAGAUGGGAGAAUAAUUACACUUACUUCUAUGGAGGUCUUACUGAAGAAGAACAAUUAUACAAUGAUUACUUUGAAACAGAUCAAGAAUUAUACAAGGAUGACGAAUAAGUUGAAUAGAGAAUUGAUGAGGCUGUUGCUUAAGUUGAUCCUAAAUAUAGUCCUCUCAGAUUUGACUUCUAAGAAGCCUAUACUCAUAAUCCUGAAGAAGAUUAAACUUCACUUCUUGAAAAGAAAUUGUGGAGAUUCAAAUAUAGAUUAGCAUUUGAUUGCACCAAAGAUUAUUAAGCUAGAGAAAGAAGAUUGAUUGAAAGACAUUUGGCAAGAAUGACCAAAGACCCAGAAUAUGUCGCUGUCUUCAAGAAUCUAUAAAGUGCAGUUAAAUCUGAAAAUGAAUUUGCACUCUUAUCGGCUGAAAAGGACUAUUACAAUCUUGCAGCUAAGGAAGGAUUCCUUUAAUACAAGGAUUACUUUGAAGGAGAUUCAUCAGCUGAAAUCGAAUUAGUUGAAGAAUUAUACAAGGCAUCACCUUUGGCUUUCAGCAAAAUCUUUUCUAAUAAGAAGGAUUCUAGAAAUUCCGCUAAAAGAGCUUGGAAUGACAGUCUUGGAUUAAUUUAAAAUUAUGUUUUGGAUUUCUAAGACUUCUCAUCUAAUAUUGUACCAAAAGCUUAAAAAUUGGCUAAUUAUGCUGGUUUAUAAAACGUACUUCCUGCAGAAGAAUAAGAGUUGGUCAAACUUGGUUUAGAUAAAACUGAAUAAAUUGCAAGAUAAAAAAUUGCAUAAGCAUAAGAAAAACCAUAAUUAAAUGAACCACCUAAAUAAGCAGAAAAAUAAGCAUCUCCAAAAGUUGAAUAAUAAUAAUAAUAAUAGAAGCCAUAAUAAUAAUAAUAAUAAUAAUAAUAGAAGCCAUAAUAAUAAUAAUAAUAAUAAUAAUAAUAAUAAUAAUAGUAAUAAUAAUAAUAAUAAUAAUAUAAUAAUAAUAAUAAUAAUAAUAGUAAUAAUAAUAAUAAUAAAAGAAAAGGACCUUUUAACAAAAAGAAAUGAUAAUUUAAUUAUUAAAACAAAAACAAAAUAUUUAUUUU